GAAUCUUUGUUCAAAUGUUGACCCCCAGAGGGUUCAUUUUUUUCUGGAAUGUUCCAAGGUGACAGAUACACCCACACAGGUUGUUUGUGUGACAGCUAGAUGUUCUACGACCACAGCACGGUAAAUGUGCCCUCACUGCCAGUGUUUUGGCUACAGACAUGGACUAUAACCUGGGGAAAUAACCCACUUAUCUCAUACUAUUCACACCAGUCGCCUUUCACUGACGGUUGGAAAAACAGCCCUAAACACACUAUUUUUAUGCUAAGAAAUGGACGAUGUGCACUUGUAGGGUUAUGCUCAAACACACAAAGACAUACAUUCGUUUCUGGAAGGAAAAAAAACUGUAUGAGGAUAUGUCCUUAGAGUAAUACUCAUUUGAAGAUGUAGCUACUUCAAAUAUUAAUUUAAGAAAUUUAACAGUGAUUUUUUUUUACAAUGAUUUGUGUCAUGGUAUGUGUGAUGCAUGACGUCAUCUACUGUAAAAAUCACCUGCCAGGGGGAGUGGCUAAAGGUAAGCGUCAGAAGGGUUUCCCUAUUCCGUUAUCAUGACGUGGCAUUGUGGACAUUUUGUAAACCAAGUAUAUUACGAAGUAAAAUGUAAUAAAAUGAGAUGUGAUUAUAUAUAAUCGAAUAGGUUUGUUAUUUCAUCGCUGAUCGUUUUUGCGUACCUAGAAUAUUUAUGAGGGGGCGGUUCUAUUUCCCGCUCAUGCUUGAUUGACAUGUGCCCCGAGGCUAAGCGGAGCUCGGGCACAGUCAGGCGUUCUACCUUGGAAAACAUGGAAAGAAACCACCCGGCAGAUUCAUAGACAUUUCAAUAUAUUUAUUAAUUAUGGACCAUGUUUCGAGACGCUGUGGAGUCAGCCGAUCGCGUUUAACAUAGUUGUUGCCAGAUUGCGGUUGCUCUCCAGUUUCACCCACCAAAGUAAAAAUCCAGGUGCAUAAACGGGUUUCUCUCUUCCAGAUAGGAUGAAAGAUCGAGACACUACUCUCCUCUUCCAGCUAAAUUAGCUUGUGCCUCGGGUGGGUCAAUACAACUCUCCGUUGUUUGACUGUCUGGGACAUCGAGUGACUCUUCGACUGUCCCUGAUCGGCAUCCGAGUCCACGCCUGGGACUUGCAGUUGUGGGACUCGCUUCAUGGAGAGAGCAGCGAUACCGUUUCAACUUUUGGACUACGGAAUAGCCUUCUGCGAUUAACUAAGCGUUUAGGCCAUAUUUCCACGGCAUAUUUUGGAAUAUAUUUGGGUUCACUCAUGGAAAAGAAAAACAACAAAGCGAACAGGGUUCGCUCGCCGCAACUUCACAGCCUGAACUCGACUAUCAACUCUCCUCCCAGCGGCAGCAGCGCCAAAGAGAGAGUGCACAGUGUGGACCCCUAUGGCUUUGAGCGGUUGGAGGACUUUGACUAUGAGUCGUAUGAGGAGUUGAUGUCAGAGUACCUGGCCGUGCUCACCAGGAGGUCCAUCAGAUGGUCCAGGCUGUUGCAGGGACGGGGACGGCUGGAGAAGAGCAUCAAGGUGAAGCGGUAUGUGCGCAAGGGCGUGCCCAACGAGCACCGAGGGUUGGUCUGGAUGUCAGCCAGCGGGGCCCAGGAGCACCUGGAGAAGAACCCAGGCUACUAUCACUCUCUACUGGACACUACGAAGCAACAGCACGACCCCAAGCUGGUAGACUCCAUACGCACAGACCUAAACAGAACCUUUCCUGACAACGUCCAGUUCCGCAAGACGUCGAACCCAUGUCUCCAGAAAACCCUGUACAACGUGCUGCUAGCGUACGGACACCACAACCCAGCUGUGGGCUACUGUCAAGGCAUGAACUUCAUCGCUGGGUACCUCAUCAUCAUCACUAAAGACGAGGAGAAAUCAUUCUGGCUGAUGGACGCUCUACUGGGCAGGAUACUACCAGACUACUACACCCCGGCCAUGCUGGGUCUGAAGAUGGACCAGGAGGUUUUAGGGGAGCUUGUGAGGACCAAAGCCCCAGUUGUGUGGCAGGCCAUGGGGCAACACAACGUCAUGUGGACCCUGGUGGUCUCCAGGUGGUUCAUCUGUCUCUACAUAGACGUCCUGCCUGUAGAGACGGUUCUGCGUAUCUGGGACUGUCUGUUCUACGAGGGUUCUAAGAUUCUGUUCCGUGUGGCUCUGACGUUGAUAAGGAACCAGCAGGCUGAGGUCCAACAGGCCGGUUCCCUGCCUGACGUCUGUGACGGCUUCAAACACAUGACCAGAGGCCCUGAUGUAGAGGACUGCCACACCUUCAUGCAGAAAAUCUUCACGGAACCCGGAAGCCUCUCCAUGGCAACCAUCACCAAGCUCCGGGAGACGUGUCGAGCACGCAUCAUCGCUGAGGAGUCCUGACCCCAUCCUCGUGACCUGUCAAUCAAACACACUACACAUUCCGGGCUGGGUCCCAACACUCCUUAAUGGUCUCCUCUCCUCGGAUCCUAUCCCUCACUGUUGGGACAGUGUCCUAGACUGUUUUGUACUCUUUAGCAUGACUACCAUGUAGCUAUGUAGACUACCAUGUAUGGAGACUACUAGGGGUGAAAAUAAGGUGUAACGUGUACCAGCAAAUGUAAUUAGUAACUAUCCUGUGGGGGCACAUCGCACCGGUUAAACAUGAGCCUGUCACAAUAAUGAACAACAAAGAUGCCAAUCAAACCUAUUGUCUAUUACACUAUUGUCAUUACUGUAUGAAAGUCACAUGAAAUAAAACAUAUUUAGCCAAUGGACAUGAAAACAUAUGCUCAAAUGCGGUGUGGUUUGGCAAUAAGUGACAUUUUGAAAAAGCAGAGAUGAUCGUCUGAGACGCGCGGACAGCAGUGGACGUUACCAGACUGAUAUCGUCUUAAUGACGCGCGGACAGCAGAGGACGUUACCAGACUGAUAUCGUCUUAAUGACGCGCGGACAGCAGUGGACGUUACCAGACUGAUAUCGUCUUAAUGAGUGACGUCGCUGAUCGGCUGAGACGCGCGGACAGCAGUGGACGUUACCAGACUGAUAUCGUCUUAAUGAGUGACGUCGCUGAUCGGCUGAGACGCGCGGACAGCAGUGGACGUUACCAGACUGAUAUCGUCUUAAUGACGCGCGGACAGCAGUGGACGUUACCAGACUGAUAUCGUCUUAAUGACGCGCGGACAGCAGAGGACGUUACCAGACUGAUAUCGUCUUAAUGACGCGCGGACAGCAGAGGACGUUACCAGACUGAUAUCGUCUUAAUGAGGGACGUCGCUGGGUGUCAUUCAUCAAACGGCGGCUGCACUGUAGAGAUGCAGGAAUUCAACAUGAGUUUUAGUCCAGCGUUGGUGUUCAUCUGCAUUGGGGGAAACCAGCCCUGGAACUAUUGGUUCAUGUAGACCUGAAUGUACACAUGUAGCUAGAUAGUUCAUGUAGACCUGAAUGUACACAUGUAGCUAGAUAGUUCAUGUAGACCUGAAUGUAGUUAGAUAGAUGGAGUGUAAUGUUAACUCACACCCUGCUAACUGAGGAUUCCAUGUGUCCCCCAAAUGGCACCCUAUUCCCUACAAAAGUAGUGCACUAUAUAGGGAAUAGGGCUCUGGUCUAAAAUAGUGCAGUAUAUAGGGAAUAGGGCCCUGGUCUAAAAUAGUGCAGUAUAUAGGGAAUAGCCCUGGUCUAAAAUAGUGCAGGGAAUAGGGUGCCAAUUGAGAUGUAACUCAUGUGAGAUUCAUGUUGCUGACUGAAGCUCAUCGUAACUGGAAUAAACAUUUAUUUAAGAACAAGA